AUGAACAGCCACGCGGCCGGAACAAGCAACGGCGGAUCCGGGGAUGCGGCCGCCGGGGGCGCGGCGAGGAGGAACACCAGGAUGCCCAAGUAUUCCAAGUUCACACAGCAGGAGCUGCCGGCCUGCAAGCCGAUUCUUACUCCAAAAUGGGUUGUCUCUGUUUUCUUCAUCGUCGGGGUCAUCUUUGUUCCCAUUGGUGUUGUUUCACUGCUAGCUGCAAGAGAUGUUGUUGAGAUUAUUGAUCGGUACGAUGAGGCAUGUGUGCCAAGCAACAUGACUGAGAACAAGCUUGCUUACAUCCAGAAUGAGACCAUAUCCAAAGAGUGCAUAAGGAAUCUUACGGUUACGAAGGACAUGAAGCAGCCUAUUUUUGUGUAUUAUGAACUUGAUAAUUUCUACCAGAACCAUAGGAGGUAUGUCAAGAGCCGAAAUGAUGCACAGCUAAGAGAUGCUAGUAAAGCUAACCAGACAUCCGCUUGUGAACCUGAGAAGACCACGGCUAAUGGGCAACCAAUUGUUCCUUGUGGUCUCAUUGCUUGGAGCUUGUUUAAUGAUACAUAUAAUUUCACUCGUGGUAAUGAGAACUUGACAGUGGACAAGAAAGACAUUUCCUGGAAGAGUGAUAGGGAGCAUAAAUUUGGUAAAGAUGUCUAUCCGAGCAACUUCCAGAAUGGUGCACUUAAAGGUGGAGCAACACUUAACCCAAAGAUUCCGUUGAGUGAGCAAGAGGACCUCAUCGUUUGGAUGCGGACUGCAGCACUUCCUACGUUCAGAAAGUUAUAUGGGAGAAUAUACUUUGACCUCAAGGAGAAUGACACAAUAACAGUGAGAUUGAAUAACAACUACAAUACAUAUAGCUUUGGCGGCAAGAAAAGACUGGUCCUCUCCACUGCAACCUGGCUUGGGGGCAAGAACGAUUUUCUUGGCUUUGCGUACCUUAUAGUUGGUGGGCUCUGCAUUUUCCUGGCAUUUGCAUUCACCUUGCUGUACUUCGUAAAACCAAGUACUUCCAUAGGAGCACCUUCUAUAAAUUUUGGUGGACUAGAACCAGACAACCAGCUGUUCUGUUUUACUACUUUGCUGACUUUGGUCCUUCACACUGCUAUUUUGCUUAUCGUGGACUUCUCUGUGCUUGCUAAAGCAUCUGUCUAUCAUUAUUUUUCAUUGACACCCUACACGAGUGGAAAUGCUAAUCCUAUCUGUGGCUUCGGCAGGAAACUGGGAGACCACAACUACUUAUCCUGGAACAGACACCCCGCAGGACGCUAA